UCAGAAAUCCGAACCGGUUCCGGAAUGAGUUUAACUGGGUAGGAGCAGAUCACUCUAGGAAUGCAUAACAAAUUUGCAUCAACUUAGAAAAAAUGCAUUUAAUUUCUAUUUUUGCAUCAGCUUUGCACUCCCUCGCAGAAAAGAUUACUUAACAAUCGUCCUACGCUGAUCCACUUUGUUCGAUGUUUUGUUGAAUGCAGGGCUGUUUUUUGUAGGGUUUUGACGUCUUACACGCAACGCAAAAUACAUUGCACGCAACGCAAAAUGCAUUACGAAUUUCUAUUUUGAUGGAAAGAAAUGCAUUUAAUUUCGCUGAUUUUUAAAAAUGCAUCACAAGUGAUCUGCCCCUAGUGAGUAACGGUUUGUCCAGAAUUUCCGCUCAAAGUGAAUUAUGACAGUUGGCUUUUAAGCCGUAAUCAUAUGUUUGUCGAGAAAUAAUCAUUAUUCCAAUUUUGACAGUGUCGUCACUCUCCUUAUAUGGACUCAGCUCUCACCUACCUUUACUCUUUUUUGACAAGGUACGGUUUUUGUCAGAAACACGUCAAAUCUACUCAUUUGUGAAAAACCGUACCUUGUCAAAAAUGAAUAAAAGUAGGUGAGGCUAUUCGGAAUGAUGUAGUACCGAUGUCGGAUGGAGAUGACCUACUUCGAUCAGACAUUAUAUUGAACUUUCACACAAUUUUUACUCAUUUUUGAGUAAAAGCGUUUUAGUUGUAAUGAGUAGCUGAGGAUAAGCGUGUAUUGCUUACACGCCACCAAAAAACUACCUAAAAAUUUAGUACUUUUGACUCAAUAUCGUGGUAUCGUGCAGGAAGGUAAAAUUAGGUAAACCGUGUUGAAGGUAGUUUCCAUUUAACUACGGCAAAAUAAUAACUCAACCUUGAGUUUAAUUUACUUAAAUUUAUGUUGAAUUUACCUAAUUUUGAGUGUACCCCAAACAACUUAAAAGUACCUUACUGCACGGAAGACCUCGACGGAGUCGAAUCUCUCGUUUUGUUUUUGACAACACUAAUAAGUGCGAAAGCGACGCACAGCUCAAAAGUACCUAAAUUUAAGUUUAAAGAACUUAUUCUGUAGGUUAUUUUAUGGUUGCGUGUAUAGGCAAAUGUUGAGCAGUUUCAAAUGAGCGUGGAAGAGGACCAACCACAAGCACUGUAAUUAUUACCAUCAGUUACCCCUCGUUGAUUUUAAUUUUCAUCCGAGCGUGAAUGUAAACAUUUAAAUGUCAAAAAGUUCGCGCCGCGGGAAAUUUAUACUGUUUUUCAUGAAUUUUCCUGUUAUCGCGCUGUUUAGUUGAAUUACUGAUAAUAUUGUUUUUUUUUUGAAACGCAAUGCCUGAGUAUGAGAUCAACAAUGUUCCGGUCAAUUUCCCGUUUGAACCGUACCAAGUGCAGCGGGACUACAUGGCAAAAGUGAUCGAAUGUUUGCAGAACGGUACGAAUGGCGUCCUGGAGUCCCCUACCGGCACCGGAAAAACGUUGAGUCUGCUGUGUUCAUCGUUAGCAUGGGUUCUGAGUAAAAAAGCACAAGUUCAGGCGAACAUGCGAACUAACAUUACCGAUAUGAAGGAGUUUGAGGUGGCAAAGAAAAACAGGUUUGGUCAAAGUUCGGCGGCGGGAAAAGGUAAACCACAGGAAUUUCUAGACUUAUUGGAUCAAUUGAACGAUGGUACUGGUUCGCAUGGUUCCAAAUGGGGAGUGCCAAAAAUUAUCUACGCCUCACGGACACAUUCGCAGCUGACGCAGGCCAUGCAGGAAAUGAAGAAUACUAGUUACAGUUUUAUGAGAGCGAUUAUUUUGGGUUCCAGGGACCAGCUGUGCAUUCAUCCGGAGGUUUCGAAAGAGAAUGGAAACUCAGUAAAAACUAAUCUUUGUAAAGCUAAAAUUCAGUCCCGAUGUUGUUCUUUCUAUAGUCGGGUGGAGAGUUGCAAGGAACGACCAGAAGUCACUGGUUGCUCUAUCAUGGACAUUGAGGAUUUGGUGAAAACGGGAACAAAAAUUAAGGCCUGUCCGUUCUUUUUAUCUAAGGAACUGAUCGAAAACGCUGACAUCCUAUUUAUGCCGUAUAACUAUCUGUUAGAUCCCCAAGCGCGGAAAGCAAAUAAUCUGGAGAUAUCGAAUACAGUGAUCAUUUUAGACGAGGCGCACAAUGUGGAGAAAAUGUGCGAAGAAUCGGCAUCCAUGCAGAUCAAGUCAUCCGACAUUGCGCUGUGUAUCGACGAUGUUACCUCGAUUAUGAAAGUGAUGGACAAUUCGGUUGCCAUUCCGGAGGAUGACGAUGGAAAGAAGGAUUUUACAAUUGAUGAUUUGGCUCUGCUGAAGGAAAUGUUACUUGCUCUAGAAAAAUCGGUGGAUGAGAUACCGAUCAUGUUCUCCCAGGGUGGGAAUACUUUCGUUGGGACGUACAUUUUUGACAUUUUCGAAAAAGCCAAUAUCAAGGAAGGAAAUUACCACAUCAUCGCUCAAUUGUUGGAAAACAUUAUCCAGUAUAUUGCCACUAUAACGGAGAAAAACAACUUUGUUCGUCGUGGUGGUGGUUUGCAGAUAUUGGCAGAGGCUUUGGCGAUUGUGUUUGCCGGAAGCGGCCAAGAGUACCGAGCGUCUAUCGCCAGAUGCUACAAGGUGCACAUAGAAUUUGAAGAACAAAAAAAGGUACGAGGCAAUGUCCGGCAGGCGGAUGGUUGGACGACGACCAAACAGUUGGUUCCAUCGGUGAAAUCUAACGCCAAAAAGGUUAGUUUUUGGUGUUUCAAUCCAGGUUUUGGAAUGCGACAGUUGCUGGGCAAAAAUGCCAGGAGCAUUAUUCUGACCAGUGGUACGUUGGCUCCACUAAAGCCUCUGAUCAGUGAACUAGACAUUCCGGUUGCUGUUCGACUGGAAAAUCCUCACAUAAUUGAUGGAAGUCAAGUUUGUGUGAAAAUCGUCGGUCAAGGUCCGGAUAAGGAGAACCUCAAUUCAAGCUACGGCAACCGGGACAAUCCGAAGUACGUACAGAGUUUGGGUCGCACAAUCUUGUCGUUUUGUCCUAUCAUCCCGGGCGGUUUGCUUGUGUUCUUUCCUUCGUAUCCUCUGCUGCACAAAUGUCAGGAAGCUUGGCAAGAGACGGGCAUUUGGGCACAAAUAAGCAGAACAAAGCCAAUUUUCGUAGAACCCCGGGGGAAGGAAGAGUUUCACAAUGCCAUGACGGAAUACUAUCAGAGAAUCAAUGAUCCCGAUGGAAAGGGAGCGGUAUUUAUGGCCGUAUGCAGGGGAAAGGUAUCCGAGGGGUUGGACUUUGCUGACAUGAAUGGACGUGCCGUUAUUAUCACAGGGCUUCCCUUUCCUCCGCUUAAGGAUGCCCGGAUAAUUUUGAAAAAGAAGUACCUGGAGGAAGUGCGUACGAAAGAGAACGAAAUUAUUUCCGGAGACGAAUGGUACUCCCUGGAAGCAUCCAGGGCUGUGAACCAGGCUAUUGGUCGCGUAAUACGACACAAGAAUGACUACGGUGCUAUUUUGCUGUGCGACAAUCGCUUCCACAAUCAUCGACAGAAGACUCAGCUUUCGUCCUGGAUUCAGCGGCAUCUCAAUGCAAGUCAAAAUCCCAACUUCGGACCGAUCAUUGGAGAACUUUCCAGAUUUUUUCGUAACGCGGAGAAAACGCUACCUCAAGCAAAGCUAACCCGAUCUCUGGUUCCACUGUUACCAGAACCCACAUUGGCAUUUGCAGAUACUCACGCGACCGGGCUGGUUGUAAACCCGGAAACUAAGAAAAAAUUGGACGACAUCAAAAACAAUUUUCUCAAGAUAGAAAGCUCAAACCAGGUUUCAAAUUUUAAGAUUUCGGAUUACCAACGGAAGCAUGGUGCACAGCUGGAGGAUAAACCGACGGAUUUUUUCGGCCGUUUGAACACGCAAGUUAGAUCGAUCGAUUUCAACGACAUGAGUGCGUACUUGAGUCAAAGUUCGUCUCAGCCACUGGUCGCCAUCCACAAGCGGGAGCGCUCGUACGAACACCACCUGCCGGCAAGCAGUUCCAGUCAGUUGGGAACAGUCGCUCAAAAGAAGCGGAAGUUGGUAUUGAUCCCACAGGAAACAAUUAACCUCACUGGAAUCGAUGAUGAAGACGAACGAGGGAAAGAUCAACCAACCCGGCAGGCUCCGGAGGAUCGCGUAGAGUUGUUAAAGGUGAUCAAAUCGUCCAUCAGUAUGGCAAAGUACAAACUCUUCCUGACGUCAUUAACCAACUACAAGAAUGAUAAAUGCUUUGAUAAGUUGAUGAACGGAAUAUUGGAAGCGUUUGACAAACCAGAUCUGUACUACUUGCUGCGAGCGAUGCGAAGAUUCGUUAAGGGAGAGCACGAAGCACAGUUUGAUGCAAAGAUUAAAGAAGUGUGCGGUUGAUUCUUUUUGUUUUAGUCACUGACUUGGUGACUGACCACGUGAAACUUGUAUGCAGUGGUUGUCUAUAAAAUGUGAUAUUGUUAAUUACAAAUUCGCCCAGUAGGUACG